CAUAUAGAUAUAUAGUUUAGAUCCAGCAGGUGGCGGUAAUGAGACAUUUCGUGUUCCCUCCGUCAGUAGAGCAGCAGCAGAAGAAGCAGACAGGAAGUGGCCGGUACUCCCCCGCCUCUCUCCGGUAGGUCAGCUGACCGUCAGCCGGUCUGCUGUCAACCUGCUGGUUUUCCGCACCGUGACCCGGACAACAGCACCGAGGCCCCGCGUCUCUGUGUCCCCUCCGCCGGAGCUCCUGACCCGGACACUCCCGCUGCUCGCUCCCCGCUGUCAGCUGCGGAUCCUCGGCCUGAACUGAGCCGAGCUCUCGGUAGCCCGGACCCCGGCCCCGGUACCCAGGGCUUCUCUCCCCCGGCCCCCCGGCUCCCCGGCUCCCCCUCCCCGGUUCCCCGGUUCCCCGGUCCCGGCAUGGCUCUGCUGGAGCUCGCCAUGCAGGGUCUGGCCGUGUUCGGCUUCAUCCUGUUCUGCGUGCUGUGGAUGAUGCACCUCAUGUCCAUCAUCUAUGUGCGUCUCCACCUCCACAGGAAGAGGUCAGAGGUCAAGCAGCCGUUCCUGCAGAUGUUGGGAGUUUCUCUGCUGAAGCCGCUGAAAGGAGUCGACCCCAAUCUGAUCUCCAACCUGGAGACCUUCUUUACCCUGGAUUACCCCAAGUAUGAGGUCCUGCUGUGUGUCCAGGAUCAGGACGAUCCAGCCGUGGACGUCUGUAAGAAACUUCUGGGAAAAUAUCCAAACGUGGACGCUCGACUGUUUAUUGGCGGGAAAAAAGUGGGAAUCAACCCAAAGAUCAACAACCUGAUGCCGGGAUACGAAGGAGCCAAAUACGGGCUGGUGUGGAUCUGUGACAGCGGCAUCAGAGUGAAACCCGACACCCUGACAGAUAUGACCAAUCAGAUGACAGAGAAGGUGGGAUUGGUCCAUGGCUUGCCGUACGUCGCUGACCGUCAGGGCUUCGCCGCUACGCUGGAGCAGGUGUAUUUCGGAACUUCCCAUCCUCGCUCCUACAUCUCUGCUAACGUGACGGGUAUAAAGUGCGUGACUGGGAUGUCGUGUCUGAUGAGGAAGGACGUGCUGGAUCAGGCCGGCGGAUUGGUCGCAUUCGCCCAAUACAUCGCCGAAGAUUACUUCAUGGCUAAAGCUAUCGCUGACAGAGGAUGGAAGUUCUCCAUGGCAACGCAGGUCGCUCUGCAGAACUCUGGCUCGUACUCCAUUGGUCAAUUCCAGUCUCGGAUGAUCAGGUGGACUAAGCUGAGGAUCAACAUGCUUCCUGGUACUGUGUUGGAGCCGGUCUCUGAGUGUUUCCUGGCGAGCCUCAUCAUUGGCUGGGCAGCUCAUCAUGUGUUCAGGUGGGACAUGAUGGUGUUCUUCAUGUGUCACUGUCUGGCCUGGUUUCUAUCAGAUUACAUCCAGCUGACUGGAGUCCAGGGCGGCCCGCUGUGCUUCUCUAAGCUGGACUUCGCCGUCGCCUGGUUCAUCAGAGAGUCCAUGGCCGUGCAGAUCUUCCUGUCGGCUCUGUGGGACCCCACCAUCAGCUGGAGGACCGGACGCUACCGGCUGCGCUGCGGCGGCACCGCCGAGGAGAUCCUCGAUGUUUAGUUACCACGGCAACCGCCUGCACCUUCCUCUCCAUCCUACUUAUCAUCCUCAUCCUCCCGUCAAUGAACGGAGAGGAUCCCAGAGAGAGACUGACAUUCAUGUUUCUGUUUUAUAUGAGAACAACUGAUGUGUGUGUGUUACUGUGAGUGUGUGUGUGUGUGUGUUACUGUGAGUGUUUGAGUGUGUGAGUGUGUGAGUGUGUGAGUGUUUGAGUGUGUGAGUGUGUGAGACUAUUUAUGUUUCUUUUUUGGUGCUAAAACUAAACGAUGCCAGAAGAAGCCGAUAAUGAUGAAAGAAGGAAAAACAGGUCGGAGUGAGAGAUCGCACUGAAUCGUCUGAUCUUUGAUCGGAACUGAUAACUCCCGCCUCUCAAAUCAGAAAUCUGCCAAUCAGAGGAGAGGAUUUACAUUUCUCUGUGCUGAUUGGCUGAUGAUGGGUUUUUUCUGCUGGCUUCAAAAUGUUUCAUGUUUUUGUUUUUUUUGUUUUUUGAAGAAAAUUAAAAUAAUUGUUUACGCUUAGCUUAACGAGCUCGUUAAGUCUGAGUGACAGCUGUCAAUCAAACAGGCUGCAGCAGCGCGACGUGUUGCUGAUCUUUGAGUUUCUUCGUAUUUUAACGUUUUUCAGCUGGGUUUUACGAGAGAAAAAAAGCAUAAAUAAUUUCUGAGCUGCGUUAAAAAAAACUUUAUUCAGUCGUUUAUUUGAACAGAAGCACAAAUAUUUUCUCCUGUUUGUGACGUCCAGCAUCCAGAAAUUACAUGUUAAUUAAACUAUUAAUUAAUUAAUUAAACAUUUAGAUCCUGAUGAAGAUGAUGAAGAUGAUCUCGCUUCGUCACAUUCAGGAGAAAAUGUUUCUUCUUAAUUAUUAAAUGUAAAAACAGUUUUGAUUGUUGCAGCUUUAGCGUAAAAAACAAAAAUAUGAAAAGAUUUCAGCCAAUGAGGAGACGGAUCUCGUGAUUGGCUGAUUUGUUUUUUGUCUUUAAAUAAAUAAAAAUUUAAAAAAUGAAAAAAAAAAUAAUUUUAUGGAAGACAGACCAUAAAGACAUUUCAUUUUCAAUUUUUUCGUCUUUGAUUAAAAAUGAUCAAACUGAUAUUUUGUAAAUUAAAAAAUGUAAAAAUUAAAAAAGUCUCAUAAACGAGAUUUUUUUUCUUCAUUUUUUUAUUUACAAAAUCAGGAAAAAAAACAGAAGAAGAAUGAAUGAAAAGAUAUUUAUUACAAUACAUGAGAAGACUGAACGUCUCAGUGACAUCACAGUGAGUUAAAGCGUUGCCAUGGAAACACGCUGUUUUGUUUUUUUAGUUUCCCCGACCAAGAAAUAAAUAAAUAAAUAAAGAGUAGUUUCAGAUUUCAGCACUGAGGUAAUUCCAGUAUUCUGACACGGUCGAAACAUUUCAUACAAAACAAACAAACGGACCAAAACAGGAAACACUAAAACUAACCGCCAUUUCUGUGUGUGUGUUGCUUUACCGUUAGCUGUUAGCAUAGCUCAGUGGGGGGGGGGGGUGUAGGGGGGGUUUGGUUGAUGACAUCACCUUCCAGUCGGACGAACCCCCCCCCUCCCCCUUGUUGUCGUCAGAUUUUGUUUAUUGUUGUUUUUUUAAUGAUCUGCUGUAGUCUGCGAACCGACCAAUCACAGGUGAGGAUUGUGUCAACACAGGAACAAUAAAGUUUUAUUCAUUCAAAGUCGA